CCUGCGAUGGAUAUGACUUCCCCCCCCGCCUGCCCAGAGGCAAGCAGGCCCGCGCGACCGCUCUUUCCCACAGCCGCCACCGCCUCAUGAACCCCGACGAGCAACGCGCCUUCGCCUUCUUUCAGGACCGCACCGUGCCCGCCUUCCUCGCCCGGGUCGACUCGUCGCUCUGGCACACCCUCGUGCUGCAGAUGAGCCACGCCGAGCCCCGCCGAGCCCGCCGUCUACCACGACUUCAAGAGACAAGGCAUGCCACGGCCGAGGGAGGACCCUGCGGAAUACCUGGCACACCGUUGCCUUGGAGCAGUCGGGCUGCUCGUUUGCCUUGCUCCAUGCGCGGCGGGCGUCACACGAUCCCCGGUUCCCCGAGGUCACCCUCCUCCGCUGUCUGCUGUUUGUCGUCUUGGAGCGGAUCCGGGGCUAGUAUGACAACGCCUUCCGGCAUCUGCGUGCGAUGCGGGCUGGGGAUUUUGAACGAGUCCCAGACUCAGAGCCCGCUGGAGCCCGCGGCCGGGGGCCGACGGCCAGUCGAGCAGGCGCUGGUCGAGGCAUUUGCCCACUGGGACAUGCAGUCCGUGCAGUGUGGCGUGGAAGGGCCACUCCUGCACGUGCACGAGGGGGAUACUGCGCUGGAAUGCCAUCGAGGCGCCCCGGUCCUGGCCGCAUCGGGAGGGCCCCUGGGAUUCAAACUUGACUGCACGCAUGGCGGAGGAGACCAUCACCUUGGAGACGCUGAACCACUGCCCCCAGAAUAAAACCACUCCGGAUGGUGGGUGAUACAGAGCAUGAACGAUGGAUUACGCUGGCGGGGUGACGUAGGCUACGACGGUGAUCAGAUACAAAGCG